AAUCAAUAGCGCUACGGGUUCUUAUAGGAGCGGAGUUCAGAACGAUUACUUAGCAGUAUUUCGCAUACGACUCGGUUUGUUAUACUCGUAACGGAUUCAUACAUGAGCAGGUUGUAAACUGGAGUGUUGCAAUAGCUGUUAAGUGCUUCAUACAUUUGUAGUUAUGAAAGCGGUGUGUGUGAAGUUAUGUUAAGGAGUUUAUGAUUUAUUUUAAAUAGAACAUUAUACAUAAACUUAUGGAGAUAUUGACGAAUAGUGACGAUAAACAACCGGACUUAGUCAGUGUUGUAAUUAAUAGAAAUGUAAACAAAGAUUUAUCAGAGAGAAAUAAAUGUGACCUCCAUGGUUUCUUGUUGGAUUAUUGUUACGAGUGUGAGCGGAAGAUUUGCCAAAAUUGUGAGAAGUUUCACGGUGGACACAUGACAGUUUCGUUGAAGGACGAAAGUGAUCGGAUAAGAACGAAACUGAAAGAGGAAGUAUAUAAGCUCAAACAUUUAAUAAGGUACUCGUGUAUAGUUACGUAUGACUUGCAGCAUUAUAUCGACAGAAUGAACGCUAGUCUUGCUAAUAUCAUGGAAGAAAUUCUUAAAAGGUCCGAAUAUUUACAAAAGGAUGAUGUUGUUAUUGUUGAUGUUAUGAUUAAGGAUAUUCAAUUUGAACAUGAUCAAGCGGAAGCGAUUCUUGUUGAUAAGAUCUCAGAAUUUAAUGAAUUCGUUUCAAGUGCAAAACAUUUUUAUGUUGAAACUGAACGUGUAAUAAAUUCUUCGGAUGAUGAAAUUAUUAUACAGCAACAUCAGCAUAUAUUGACUAGCGUUUUGCAACAAGAACUGGCAUUACCACUGUGUCUUUUAGAAAGACCUAUUUACAUUUUGACCCCUAUGCCCGAUAUUAAUACUGGAAAAGAUAUUUUGCCAUUAGAAAUAUUGGGAGAAUUUUCGAAAGAGUUCGUGCCUUGGCGAAUAGAGGUUAAGCGCAUCAAUUCAUUUCGACCCGAGUGUAUUGGUGCGAGAUGUGUGACUACAAUGUGUCAAGGUUGGGACGAACAGGUAUGGGUCGUAUGGCAAUGGGGACCACUUCUCCAUCUUUUGGACAAAAAUGGAGACAUCAAAAAGAAGGUUGACCUCGGAUGUAAAGUAGAUGGCGUGUGUACGGUCAAGGAUGGACUUGCCAUAUCAUGCCACAUAGACAGAUGUAUCAAAGUUUUGAAUGACCAAUGUGAUGUGAUAAAAACCUUUCAAUUGGUUCGGAUACCGAGAGGAAUUUAUACGAAUUGUACUGGUGAGAUUAUAGUCUGCUGUGUUGAAAACAUGCAUAGACGAAAAGAUGAUGUGAGUGUAAUCAAGAAAUUGGAUAUCACUUCCGGUCAGCUGACAGUUUUACCCUGUAGCGAAGACCUCGUACAGCCCUGUCGCGUUGCCGUCAACGUCAACGACGACAUAUGUGUGUCGGACCGAAACAAAGGGAGUGUUAUGAUCUUUAACCAAGAGGGGAAAAUCAAAUCAACAUACAGGGGACCAGGCUCAUCAACUAGACACCUCUUCGCCCCAGAAUCUGUGCGUUGUGACAAAUACGGACAAGUCCUCGUUGUGGACUAUACGAACCACACUGUGCACGUGCUAGACCCCCUAGGGCGCUUCAGGGGGUUCCUUAUUAUGGAUACGGAGCUCGAAAAAAGGGCCAUCUUCAUGGGCACGAGUUCCCCGUUCUCUAUAACUAUCGAUAGUGCGGGAGACUUGUGGGUGGGGAACAAGUUCGGUUUUUUGACGGUCCUUAAAUAUCUUUCAUGAAAGUUAUGUAUCAUUUAUUGUAAAUUAACAUGCAAAGCGAGUGCUAAUUGUCGAUAUUCGGAACUCGAAACUCAAUUUGUUUUGUGGGUUUGAGGUGUCAGAUUUUGCACGAAAAAGGCGGUACAAACGAAGCAGUUUAUAAAUUAUAAAAUAGAUCAUACUGCUUAAAUUACAAUGCCUUUUUUUUAUAAACUUCGAUAAAAAAGAGUAUUGGACCGCUUGAAAUGAGCUAUUAAUAUUGUGCAUUUAUUACGGCUUCAUUUCAUUAAUAAUCAAUACAUAAUACUCAUUAAACAAAACUUUUCUGUAUUUUGAUAAAUCUUGCAUUUAAUAUAGCUGUGCGUGCUAAAUAAACAAAAACACAAGAAUUCUCCCAUUUCAAAAUAACGUCUAUUGGCAGAACUCAGUACAAUUGUGCCAACUUUUCUAGCGUGAACUCAUUUCUAAAUGGCAGUAAACAACCUUUAGGUGGGGUGCAAUCGCUAAAUUUGAUCCCCAUAUUAUACAAGUAUAACUUUUUAUCUCACCAUGUGAUAUUUUUAUCAUGUUAUAAUUUUAUUAUUAUUUGAUAUUUUAUCAAUUCCUGUGUUAUUUUUUGAGCUUAUUUUUGUAGAAUAAACAGUAUUUGUUAUUGUC